AAAUAAAUUUGACACUGUUAUUUUAGAUCAUAUGAGUUAAGGUAAGUUUCCAUAUUCUGUAAGGAAAUAUAUUUAUUUCAGUUAUUACUUAGAGUUAUUCAUGUCAUUUUCAUAUGAAUCUAUUCCAAAGACAGGAACUAAAAUGUCUUAAUGACUAUAUUUCUUCAUGAUUUAUGAAAAUAUUUAACAGUAAACAAAGACACAUAAACUGAUAUGCAUCAGUUUAAGCUCACACUGUUUUUCAUUUAACAGCUAAGAAAAGGAAGUAGGUAUGAAGUAAGCGUAACGGAGGCAAUUAUUUUUAUUUUUUGCUUAAAUUUGUUUUACAAAAUACAGUGAAGUAAGUCAGUAAAGACUUAAAAUGCCAUAAGUAUUCCCUCAGUGGGAUAAUAGAAAAGAGGCAGGAUUUCCCAUCCAUCUUAAAGAUUAGACACUUACUGGCUGUAUGAUAAAAACUUGCCUUGCUGCCAAAAACAGAGACAGAAACCAGACCAACAGCAUUACAUGUUUCAUUGUAUCCAGAGGAAUUUCCUCUGCAGGAGCCGAUGGACGUGACUAAUCUCCACUACCAGUUAUUAAAGUUUAUGUGAAAUUACAACCAUGGCUUAGUAUCAUGAUGCUAAUAUUUCUAGUACAAAAAUAGAACCUGUAGUUAUUGUUUGUGUAUAUAAAUUGGGUGAAGAAGAUCUUGAAUUUUGAUGAUUAGUUGCAUGUCAAGGUUUGAAGAUUUAAAAGACAAUUCAAGCUGAAGAACAGAGCAAGAACCCAAAUUGUUUGACUUUAAAAAAUCUGAUAAAUAUCUCAUUUCAUAGUCUCUCAACUGCAAAGCGAAAUAAAAAAUACUUAAUUUAAAGCUCAUCCUCCUUCACGUCUGAUGAAUCGAUCAGUCAAAUAAUUUUGUUUUUCAAAGUUUGUUCCCUCAUUUUUCUUGCAUAGUCAGGCACCCAUUGUGUUAGUUACAUUUUAAUGAACUCUCCCUUUCAAAAUCUGUUUUCUGGAAGGUUUGUUGCAAAAACAUCUUUAGGAGAAUUAAUACAAAUGACAACAGAGCAUGAGAAAGCCAUGAAAGUUGUAGCGUCAGGUCUUGGGACAUGCCCCGGCUGCAAAGCAUGCCCAGUGGUUUCAGGGUAAGCUUCUUCCUCGAUAAUUAUCAAAAACUCCACAGAAGUCACAAUGCGUUUGCUUCCUGGUUUGGCCAGAACCAAACCCAUUUACUGUAACUUUAUCUGAGGAAUGAGACGUGUGAAAAGAAAGCGUCUAGUCAAAGUGUUGAGUGAUAAUCAACAUGUUUAAAGGCAAGAAAAAAUAAACAGAAUAACUGAAAAUAAAAGUAAAUGCAAAUGAAGAACAACCAGCUUUUGACGGACCAUUCUUGCUGUACAUGCAGAGACUGAUCAACUUUACAGUAACAAAUAAUUGCAUAGUCAUGAUGUUAAACACUGAGCCAAAUUACUAGUAUGUCGGCUUUGACAGACAAAAAUAUCCACCUCCUAAAGGCAGGGUCCUCCCUUUUAAGUAACAUGAAGUGUAAUCGACCUGUGGUACAAAAGGAAGAGCGCAACAUGCAAACGACACACAGAGAACAUAGCUCAGAUUUUUUACGGCUUGAGACUCCGUUGGGAUUUUAGAAACAAGAGAACCAGUCAGAAUGCUUUUGGUUGCCGUCUUUGUUCUGCUUGCGGCUUCCGCUGCGGCCGAUCUCAGGCCACACUACUCGUUCUCCUCACCCGUUGGGUCAGGAAGUGGGAGCUCCUACGUGAUCACCGGAGAGGGAAGGAUCACCGCUGUGAGAGUUUGGGAAUAUUAUUCCAAUUACAUCCGAGGCAUCCAGUUCCGGUACGGAUACCUCUGGUCUCCAGUUGUUGGCUACACAUACGGUACUACUCAGGAACUUGAGCUGUACGACGGAGAAGCCAUCAUCCAGAUUUCUGGGAAGUAUUCCCACUACCUGCAGUCCAUCGUCUUCACAACUAACCGGGGCCGCUUCCUGUCUGUGGGUCAGCCGUCUGGCACGUCCUUCAACAUGUACCCGGAGCACCCCGAGGCCGAGCUGAUCUUCAUCAGCGGCCGGAGGAGCAGCGGCCUCACCUCCUUUGGAGCCCACUGGGCCAUCGUUGAUCCGUCCUUGAGCCCAACCAACAGCUCCUCUGGACAUUAAGAUGGAGAGCAGACGACAGAUGUUAUAACCUGCAGUCUAAUUUGCAGCUCUUUUACUACACUGAUUAAAUUGUAAAUCUAGUAAGUUUUUUGUUUUUUAAUCAAGUUACAAAUCAGUAAUAAAGAAAAGAUCAAUCUACAACUUUUGCUUUCGUUUCUCUGAAGUCACAGCCAUUAAAAUGCUGUUUUGUUGUGAACUUAACAUCAUUAUUUGCCAAGAAAAUGGGUUGUAAUAUUCAGAAAUAAAUAUUUUUUCUCAUUGGU